AUGCCUUCUUGCCGAGUGACGAACUUGACGACACAUAAACUCAACAUCUGUCUCAAACAAGUCACCGCUCUUCAUUUCGAGAAUGGGGUGGAACCGGGUCAGACUGUCAAGUUCAAACCAGGGAAAGUGUGGUUUACUUUUGAAGCUUUGGUCGACGAUGGCGAGAAAAAAACUCGAUAUUCAAUCUUGAAAUCAGCAGCUACCAUCGCUCUUCUCUCAGUAGCAGUAGGUGCGGCUGUAGCUACGGCAGGAGUUGCUUUAUUACCAGAAGCCGCUGCUCUGGAGGCGGCUGCGGCAGCAUCGAUAGCUGGGGGUUUUAUAGCAAAGGGGAUGAUCAUCACCAAAGGUGCUCUGAUAGCACAUUCAGGAUCCAUCGCUAAGCUGUCUUCCAUAGCUUUACCCAGAACUAUCGACCGUCUUUCUGCAGAAUUGGGAGGUUUGACGGCGUUGCAACGAGAAGUCCUGAGCAUCAUAGCCUCUCCCACACUCUCUUCCGAUGUCAGAACCAAAGCUCUCAGUCUUCUCAGUCAACUACACACUGCAUACACAGCCGACAAAGCUCAAUCGACUCAACGACAAAUCCAGAAUGUACCUACUAUCGAUCCUCCCGCCUCUUCAACAAUAUCGAAAGAUACAAGUUUUUGGAAAACAUCACUCAUUGACCCAACACGAAAAUCAGAUAAACCACUCCCAAUUCCUCCUUCCGAUGAUAGAGUAGAAGGUCGAGCGAUCCGUACAGGAGAGAUAUUACGUAUUCAUGGGAUAUAUAUGAAUAAAAGAAGAGAGUUCGAAGUUCGAUCAGGAGAAAAAGGUAGGUUAGAAUUAUGGGAUAAGUCAGAAGGGAAGAUGGUGGGUUAA